GUACUUGCCUCCUAAAUUUGCACGAACUAUGUCAUCCUUGGUUGAUCGUAAAACUCUUCUUGAGGAUUCAAGUGGACAGCGGUGGAAGGUGACUUUAUCCAAUCAUGAAGGGUCACUUGCUUUUCAAGAGGGAUGGCAUUCAUUUUGCCACGACCAUGGUCUGGAAGUGGGAGAUUUCUUGGCAUUCUAUUACAUUAGGGGAUCCCACUUCAUUGUUCAUAUAUGGGGAACAAGUGGCUGUGAAAAAUUGAACAAUUAUGGAGAACACGGCCAUCGAAAGAAGAAAAUCAAGACUAAAAGAAAUUCAGCUGCUCAAGACGGACAGUGCCACAUGACUGAUAAAAAUUUGACGAACAAACAGGGUUCUAGUACUUCAGUUGAAAUGGGGUCAAACACUGAAACAAGACAAGGGCAACCAAUUGCCAUUGAUAAUACUUCAAACUUUAAUAGUGGUAAUGAAAGGCUUCAACUUGUUUCCACCACCGAAUACCGUGAAGAACCAUUUUAUAUGAUAAAUAGAGAUGUUGGAUGCCACCAAGAAGAAGACAGGACAUGCUUAUAUGACUUGUCCAAAUUUGAAAUGCAGAGGAGCAGAUCGGUUGCUGAUGGAACCAACAAAGUUCCAGGAGGAGAUGAAACAUGCCCUCACCAUGCGGACACAAUGCUGAAAUCUCAGACUGAUGCAGGGUUAGUCGAUGAGGAUUUAGGAGAUAUCAGAAUAACUAGUCAGGUAGCACCUCCAGAUGCAGCUGAUGGCACAGUGAUUGAGAAAACUAACGAUCCUGGAUUGUCAGACUUCUCUAGCCGUUCUGUCUCCAUUUCAAUUCUCAAGAGUCACUCUGGUGAGAUGAGGAAAGAGAUUCAGCCAGAGCAAGUCAAGAAGCUUGAAGAAUUUGGUGGUUGUGGCAGAUUUUUGCACAGUCAGGUGUGUGGUCAGAGUUCCAGUUCAGCUUUAAAAGAUAAUGACAAAGUUGAUGCAUCGGUGAAGACUGAGCCUGUUGAUUCAUUUGAUUUAUCCUUACCAGAUGAUGACGAUACCUCUUGUUUGGCGGUAAUGAACAGUGAAGAUGUUGUGGAGUUGCCAUCACAAUUGCCUUCAAUAUCAUUUAGGAGGAUGAAACAUGAAAGCAGGGUAGUAUUCCUCCGAGAUCCAGAUAGAAGACUUUGGCCAGUCCUGUACUGUCAAAAAUAUGGUCUAAAAAUUUUGACAAGUGGAUGGAAAGCAUUUAGCAAGGCAAACAACAUUCAGCCAGGAGAUGAAUGCGUUUUUGUACUUGAAAGUAAACCUGAGUGCAUUUAUAAGGUUGAUAUUGUUCGAAAGUAAGUCGGGCACCAAACUUUUCUAUUUCAUAUUGUCAUUUCCUCCGCAACUCAUCAGUAUGUUACACAGUUAUAAUCGAAAUGUAAGGCAAGGAGCUAGACACACACUUUAUGUUACGAGUUUUUGACAAAGGUUCAGUGCUUCUGUCAUUAUAUUAGUAUCCUACUUGAAACAAUAGAUCCUUUGUAUAGAUUGCUGAUGGGGAUAUCUAAUGUUUUGGUAACCUGCUAUGUUAAUGCACAGUAA